AACUCUCGAAUUGAGCGGCUGUGGGUUGAAGUUGGCACUCAAUUCACCAGGCGAUGGAGGGCCUUCUUUACUCAACUCGAAAAUUGGCAUAUGCUUGACCCUCAGAAUGCUAAUCAUCUUUGGUUGCUUCAUGCACUUUUCCUUGAUGAUGUCAAUCAGGAUUGCUCCAACUUUCAGGCAGAGUGGAAUUGCCAUCCAAUAUGGGGUCCUGACACGAAUGACAAGAGUCCAAAGGACCUAUGGUUCCUGGGACAAACACUAUUCAGCGUGUAUCAUGACAAUUGUGAGGGUGUUCACCCUGAUGUAAUUGAGGAGUACUAUGGCAUUCAUGGUCGCCCUGCAUCCCGAUGGCCAUACCAGACUAGAGCAGGACAUCCUGCUGACGAAGAUGAAGAUGUAGAUGAACAGUCGCCUGACAUUAUCAAGUCAAUCAAUGAUCAGCAACGGCAGCAUGUCCAUCAUGAAGCCGUUGGAGUUCCUUCACAUAGGAAUGCUUUUGGUGCUGAUGAAGAGAUGCAAGGGCAAUUUUUUGCUGUUCUUGCCAAAGUUGUUGCAAGGCAAAUCACACCAGCACACUGCCAACUGACACCAGAUGAAUGGGAAGGUGAUGAGUAUCCUAUUUUUGAGACUAUAUGUGCUGGUCGACAAGGUUCAAAAGAGCUUCAAGUCUCCCUUGUGGAACCAAUUUGGUUUCAUAGAGCGACAUUAUGGUGUCAAGCCUUACUAGUUUUGACUACGUUUUUAGCCAAUAGGGAGUAA